AAAUAUAUAAAUGGAAAUCAAAUAAAGGAGGAAUAUCGUUAUAAAAUCGCACAGAAGAAACAAAACAAACCAUGUUAUGGAUAACUAUCGCAGGAGUUUUGAGUUUCGCGUCUGUAUACGUAGCUCUUGAAAUAAACUAUGGUGUUUGCAUUUACCGGAAGUAUGAACGCGCAGGUGAUGUGAAAUUCCUCGUGGUUGCUGGGAUACGAGAAAGGGAUGGGCAAGGCGCCUGCGGAAAGAGUUCAAGGUCAAUAUUUGAGCAAAUUGUGGCUCUUGAUUGGAUUGUUUCCCUUUUAAAUGGAAACGGUACCAGAGAGGAUUCUAUUAUUCCCGGAGUAAGCAUAGGCUACGAUAUUUAUGAUAACUGUGACAAUGAAGAUCUGACAACGGACCUUCUUUACUCCGGGAAGUUUGCCGACCAAGAGAUGGACUGCAACUCCAGUGCUGAUGACUCAGUUUAUAUAAGUGCAAUUUCCCUCACCACCCCUAGAGCAACGAACACUAUGGCACGGUUACUUGAUCCUCUUCCGGUUUUCCGCCCGCUCGUGUCAUCGCCAACUCUAGAAUCACGUGACCGCCGGAAUCUCAUACAGAGCGUCCCGUCCUUCAACCAAGAAGCAACGGCUAUAGUAAAAAUGCUAACAUGGAUUGGGUGGAAUUUUAUCCUCGUUGUCCACACAGAAGAUGCUACCGAAGAAGCAAAGACAUUCUCGAUAAUCGCCAAUGCCCAUGACAUCUGUAUAAAUGCUACCGGUGCACUUGAUUCUAACACCGUGAAAAAAAUAUUUUCUACAAUGAACAUUGCAUAUAAUAAAUCAUUAGCCAUUGUUUACUUUGGAAACAAUUCUGGUGCGGAAUUUAUCGUGAAGGAAUCAACAAACUCAAGACCAUACGGCUCAAAAAUUCACUGGAUUUUCACGUCGCAAUUCGCACACAACAUUGUCAUUGAAAAUCAAAUAAAAAAAUCAGAAGAUUCAGCAACAAUUAUCCAUCUACUAAAUUAUGCCAAUUUAAACGAAUACAAGACGUUCUUCAGUAAUCUAUCCUCUAAUUCUCAUCUUAAAAAUUUGAUACAGAAAUACCACUUUACCUUGGAUAAUUCAGCACCGAAUAGUAACCCGUACCCUAUGGUUGACGCCGUCUCGUCAGCAAUAGAUUCUGUAAAGCGAAUAUGGAAUGAUACAGUGUGCGCCGGACAUAGUACUACUGUUGCUGAAUGUAGUUCAUUUAAAGAUGGCAUAAAAAAUGAACUCGUAAAUAGGAUACGAUUAGGUGGAUAUUACCCAUCAAGUUUCAAAUAUCUCCCUGACAGAGGUGUUAGUGUCAACAUUUGGUAUUUGCACGGUAGCCAAGUUUAUUCCACACUUCACUUCAAAAUGUACACCUCUGUAAAAGACCAAAUUAUAGGUUUUGUUCAAGACAAACGGUUUUAUCCUAUUGUUAAUCUGUUGGAUACAUCCGCGUGCAACACAAAAUGCCCGGAAUGUCUACGUCAGAUUGACCUAAGAUACUCCUAUCUCCACGGCGACUAUCUUAUUCUUGGUCUCUUCUCCCUGAGACAAUAUGGCGGAUCGCCUUUUUCAUGUGGAGCUAUUCGUCGUGGAACAAACGACGUUAUCACCGUUUCGUCAUUCUUUUAUUCGGUUCUCGAGCGAAGAAAAGCGACCGGGAUUAAUUUCGGUGCCAUAGCGAUUGACGAUUGUUAUAAUGGUCUAAAUACUACUAAUUAUCUUGCAAAACUAUUUAGCAAACAAGCCAUACUCAAAGAUCCAUUCGAUUCGGAUAGAGUCAUCAACUUCGACACUGUGAUUUCAUUAGUAGGAGCGUUAUCAAGUUCUGUGUCGUUGAUCGUUGCAGAUUUGACGACGUCCGUUGGUAUUCCAAUGAUAUCUUAUAGCGCGUCUUCUCCAGAUUUAGACAAUAAAAGACGCUACCCUUUUUUUCUGCGUACUGUUCCAAGUGACACACUUCAAGUUCAGGGUAUGAUAUCAAUGCUUGAAAGACUAGCUGUCACUCAUGUCGGACUUGUAUACAUUGACGAUGCGUAUGGUCAAGGUGGGAAGAUACAGCUCCUUGAAGAAAUGUCCAACCGGAAUAUUUGUGUUCAAAACCCAAUAAGUGUAAGACAGAACAUGCCUAAAGAUUACAUAAGAGAUAAUGUCAUAAACAAAUUGUACAACCAACAAGUACGAGUCGUGCUUUUAUUUAUAAUCGACAGCGUUGCUCAACAAAUCUUGGACGUUGUGAAUGACUUUAUACAAAAAAUGUUCCCACCUUUCGUUUUUAUUUCGAGUGAAGGUUGGGGCUCUAAUCUCAACCUCCUCACUAGAACUAGUCUAGGAUCGGUUGUCUUUAACAUAGCUGCUCAGUCAUAUACCACUGGUUCGUACCGCGCUUACCUCAAAAGUCUUGGUCCAUGGCAAAAUCAAGACAACCGAUGGCUACCACGCUUCUUUGAAGGCUAUAAUCGUUGCGACAGUCUAACUUCCUUCGAAAAGACGUUCAUUCAGGGAAAUGAGGCAAAGAUCUGCGGACAUGGUUACAAAAGUACACUUGACACAAACACAACUGAAAGUCUCGCGAAAGAUCAGAGAUACUUUCACACGAUGCUCUCGGUAUACGCUGUUACCAAUGGUUAUCAGAAGUUUUGCCAUGAAGAAACUUGCUCCCCAUUGGCUGUUAGAGGAAGACCCAGCACGUUUUUCACGCACAUCAAAUCAACAAAAUAUGGUGAUAACAUUCCUAUUUUUGAUGAGGAUGGGAAUGGUCAUAUUGGUUUUACAAUACACAACAUACAGCUCAACAGGACAAGUGGAAUCUACUAUUAUAAAAGGAUUGGACACUACCAGAAGAACGGAAAGUUAGAUUUGGAACUGGAACCAAAGUUUUACGAUGACGUGCAGAAUGAGGCAACAUUAAAGGACCAGUAUAAAACCGGACUAGAUUGUAGAUAUAUUUCUGCUUGUUCAGAAGUAUGCCCGUUACCAGAUAUAUCAAAAUCGACAACAGAAAAGCCUGUGAUAGAAACAACAACUUCAUCUGAUAAAAAUGACAGUUCUUUGAUGACAAUGACAAUACUGUUUGGGGUAUUUAUGGCAAUACUUCUGGUUGCAUUGAUAUUUGUUGUGGUCAUACUUGUCAGGAUAUUAAGCCGACAAACCAAGCAACUGUCGGACAAAGGCGAUUCAGCAGGACAUACUGUUUCAAUGUCUGACAAUUGUUCAGUGUACGAUGAGCCAGGGUCAGUGAGGAGGAAAGGUCAGUUUGAUAAUAUUGCAUUUAUGGUUGAUUCGGCAAGUCUUCAUAGUGGACAGCAUACACCUUCUACAAUGAUGCGAUUAAACGGGAGUAUAUCAUCUCUUAAUGCACAGCAACCCGUACAAUAUGCCCAUAUCCGGCAGAGGUCGAACCCAGAUAUCAGUGUACACCAUGUACGACAAGUGUCAAACCAAGAACUUAGAAAUCAGUGGUUUGGUUCCCUUGAAAGACCUAUGUCAACAUUAUCAGCGCCUGCUUACAAGCCACAAUCCCACCAAAAGAGUCCAUUUAAUAAACGAAAUUUACAUAACACAGGCGCGAGGCAAAAACCAUACAAACAGACGUAUUCUCCUAAAACUCCCCACUCCGCGCCUACUGGAUUUGGACAGCAGAGAACACCACAGGUUUAUCGACCACGAGCUCAGUCAUCGCCAAGAUUUAGAUAUCCAAGCUCAAGUGGGGAGGAGUCACACUACGCCACGCCCAAAAUAGACAGCACUGAGGAGAUAUUUCCGCAGAGAAAAAUGGGCGUGAGUGAUGAUAAUAUUCACGAACACUUUGAUGACAACGAUAGCGUAUCAGAUGGGCCAAAUAUGUGUAACGUUGAUAGUUAUCUAUACCCUCAAAGUGGUUCAGACAGUGGUGUCCAAAACCAGUCUGAACCGGAACAAAAAAUAACGUACAUAACAGCAAAAGAUUUAAUUACGUGUGAAAGUGAGGACGAAGAAGCGUGUUCGUCUGAUAGUGCGAUACAAUAUGUUUUACCCGAAUCUCAACAUUCAUCAGUGCUUCUAAAAUCGAAUACUCCUCCAAAGAAACCAAGUUCUCAGAGUAUAACUUCACCAACAGACAAUGAAGUUAAAGAAAUAAACUUCCCGCCAUCAGAUAAAACUUUUCGAAGGAUCCAAUCAAAUGAUCCGCUUGAUGGAGACAAAUCAUUGUCACAAAAUGCUCAGAAUCGAACGCCGCUUCAAAACAUUCAAGCGUCUACAGAUUCAGAACAGAAUCAUGCUGUCGUGUAUCAUAAGAACACUUCCAGGAAUUCUAUAACAGACGUUCCUGACGUCAUAAAACAUGGCGCUUACGAAGAAGACGGUGUUUUUAUAAUUUAAAGCAUUUACUGCACUAAAUAGUGUUCAAAACGCGCCCAUCACAAUUUAAUAAUGGCUUAUGGUUCAUCAAUAAACUGUUAAUUGUUAAUUCAGUCUACAGCAACUUGACAUUUAAUACUUUCCCGUUUAAGCCAACGUAUCAUACUAGCUUUGUGUAAAUAGCCAAAACAUAUAAUUUCAACCAAUAACUAGAUAAGUGUUUUUAAAGGGACUUCACUGAGGUUUUUUGACAUAACGGCAUUUGAAUUUUUUUUCGAGAUUUAAUGUUCUAUCUGAUGUACGUUUAGACCAAUAACUUGUAUACAAAAUUUCAGAUCAUUUGCUCACUCCGUUUUUCCAGAAUAAUUAUUCUUACUAUGACAAAUGACCCAAAAUUGAAAAACGUUGCAACGUUUUUCCCUCAAAACGGACAAAGAAGAGCACUAAAGUGCGAUUUUCAUUUCAUUUCUGAACAUUUUUCUUUAUUAUCAUAUGAUUAUCCUUCUGCUUAAUGAGCCCCAUCUGAUCUGUGUAAGAAAUUCAAAUUUUAUUUUUUAGACUUCAGUGGGGUUCCUUAAAGAUAUCAUUGAAAUGUCGAGCGUCUGCGCCGGUACAUACAAUUUACGCUGACUUACAAACACUAACCUAUACAUAAUGGUCAUUUGCUGUUUUGUUGUAUGCUAGUAUGUAAUUCUCAUUUCCAUAUUGCAAAAUAUUUGCCCCGAGGAAAACAAAAUAAUUUUGAUUUCUGUUUUGUAACUGUAAAGAUGUACAUAGCCAUAAUUAACCGCUCUAACCGAAUCUCUGCUACAACUAACAUUUUUUUGUUUUAAUUUUUUACGAAAGUAAUAAUCACUUUUCUACUAUUUUUUAAUCAAUGCAUCAAUUAACACAUAUCUCUUAUUGUAUUAAAUAUGUGUCUAAAUGUA